AUGAACGAGAACCGGCUUCGCGUGCAUUUCAUUGGCGGCCCCGCUGACGGCGAUGUCCGCGUGAUCGAUCCGUGUACCACCUACCGCGUGGCUGUGCUCGAACACCAGCCCGAGGUUCAUGCCUACAACGCCAAGUGCCCGUGCUGCACCGAGCGCAUGCUGCGCCCCGUGGAGUGGAGCACCGCGACCUACUUCAUCCGCCGCGUUAGCGAGAAGUGCUGGGUCGCCGUACACGAGAGCAUGCCCUGGCCGCCGAGUGCGGACUAUGGCUCGUGCCUGAAAGGGCACAGCGAGAACUCCUACAUCAUCAUGUGGCAGUCGAUGUGUACGGGGAACUCCUGCACGCAGAUUCCGUACACCAUCCCGACCACCGACUUCGUGUGCGACGAGCACGAGUACCCGCUCGGCGACGGCCCGGAGUACCAGGCCGGAAUGAAGCGCUACGCCGCCGAGCUACAGGCGUGGUAUGAGCGCUACCCGGAGAAGCGGCCAUGA